AUGGGGUUCGGAGACUUUGACGCAAUAUGCCGGAAGGCGGCGCUGCCGCUAUGCGCCCUCGUUGGGCCGAAGACGGGCUUCGCAGGCACGAGAGGGAUACUGCCAGACUGUUAUGCAAGGAACAUUGAAGUUGCCAACACGAUCAUUUUCCAGGGUGCAGCAGGAAUAAUACACAUCAUGGCCCUUGGGAUGGCAGUAGUCAUGAUUAUCCAUAUCAGGUCAAAGUUUACUGCAGUCGGCCGGAAGGAAAUCAUAACAUUUUUCUACCUCUAUAUGGCUCUUACCGUCUGCUCGCUCGUCCUUGAUACCGGAGUAACCCCACCAGGAAGCGCGGUCAUGCCAUACUUUGCCGCUGUUCAGAAUGGCCUGACGUCCGCGAUGUGUACCAGUUUAUUAAUCAACGGUUUCGUGGGAUUCCAACUAUAUGAAGACGGGACUACAUUGUCUGUUUGGCUUUUGCGAUUCUCCUCGUUGGGAAUGGGCUUGGUAUCUGGAGCAAUUUCCCUCUUGACCUUCCAAGGGUGGGCAGGCCUCUCGCCCACGAAUACUGUCGCCAUGUUUGUCGUUCUUUACAUCCUGAACGCCUUAUCCCUGGCCGUCUAUGUGGUUAUGCAGAUCAUCCUUGUUGUCAACACUCUCCAGGAUCGUUGGCCAUUGGGGCAUAUCUCAUUCGGCGUUUUCUUCUUCGUUGCUGGCCAGGUUGUGCUCUACGUCUUCAGCGAUGUAGUUUGCGAGGGCAUUCAACAUUACCUGGAUGGUCUGUUUUUCGUUACCUUCUGUAACCUGCUCUCGGUUAUGAUGAUAUAUAAGUACUGGGACUCCAUCACCAAAGAGGAUCUAGAGUUCUCGGUCGGCCUGAAGCAAAAUAACUGGGAAGUCAAAGAGCUUCUACCAGAAGAAGAACGCAGGGCCACUGUUUACCUUGAUACCAAUUCCGAAUAUGCUGGUAGCAUGUAUCACCACCGAAACUCGACACACGGUGGACAGUCCUCCUAUUAA